UACGGAAUUUCGCAACGAAAUUACUUAAAUUAUGUCAACGAUAUGCAAGAUCCUAGGUUUUAUGACAGUCCAAGAGUACUCUCUCCAUGUCAAGAUAAUGACAAAAACAAAAAAAAUAAAGACAACUCGCCGUUACAGACACCAACUGAUACAGAAAGUGUAUUUACGGAUGACGAUAUGGCUGAUGUAAACGUUGUUGUUAAACAAAAAUUUACCAAGAACAAAAUUGAAGAAUGCAAUAAUAAGGUUUUGGCUCCACCUAGACCCCCAAAAACAGUCUACGUGGUUUCUUCCACUUACAUAAAUUUGAACACGCAGCAGAUUGAAAGUCCCAACCACAAACACGAAAACAACCAAGAGGAAGACCGAAAGCAACCGCCCCCGGGCGUCAUCACCGACGACAUGUGCGAUUUUCCCCGUUCCCACCAGAUUCCAGAAGCAGAAACCGUCCGUAACAUGCUCCUUCGACGGCAUUGCUACAACAAUGCCGCUCCUGUCAAAAUCGAAGGUCAGAUUUUCCGGUACGAUAUCUCUCCUAAGCCAUCCACAAGUUCGAAUCACGUUUUUCGCUACGAUGGAGACGACAUCGUCGAUGAACCAGCUUCGCCUCUCUCCCAGAGUUCCUCCACGACAGCCUAUUCAAAUUUACCGAGUCCACUUUUGGCGGAUAGUCAGCUGAUGCCACCUCCAGUUGUUAACAGGGAUUUGAAACCUAAAAGGAAACUGUCGGAUUCCUUAUCGUCUUCUUCAAAUCCUGAGCCAUCGUCACCGAGAAAUGCUCCAUCAGUAGAUAGGAAGUUGAAACCUCCUACUCCACUGCAGGAAGCACACAAUCGCAAAAUAAAAGCGAGUCCAAUUAUGGCACCGAGUUUCGACGGAUCAAAAUGUGGCCCUAGUCCAACAGGCAGUAGAAAAAUGGAGGAUGACACCCCGAAAUUAAGAGCUGCUCCCAGCCCAACUUUACAAGGUCUGGGUCGUUCACAUGAAAGCUUGUUAUCGCAAAACAACCAAGAAGAACAAAUAUAUCAUUAUUUGCCAGUAAAAAUGCAAUAUAUAGAUUUGGAUCAUUGUGGACCUUCGAAUUUAUCUAAUAAUAGUAAUACAAUUCCGUCAAAAUCAUCGAGUACCGUUUACAAAAAAGUAGAUUUUGAGAAAACCGAAGCCUUUAACCUUACGAGGAACAAUUUAGAAAAAGAACGCAAGGAACCUGUUACCUUUUUAAAAAAGUGAUAGCGAAGAGUUUUUAUAUAUUUUUGUAAGUUUAUAGGGUAGCUUUUGUGCAAUUCUUAAUAUCACGAUUGUACAUUUAGGGUUUGUUUUGUAUUUUUGAUCUUUUUUGUAAUGUUGUAAUUGACAACUUUUGAGAGAGCUUUAAUGUUAUUUUUUAUUAAGUGGCCAUCUUAUGAAAUUCAUAUCAUGUAUUAUACUAGAACUAAUAUUUUUUUAUUCUCUAUGUUAUAUGCUUAGGGUGUAAGUCUAUUACAGAUUUUAAUGAUGUUAUG